CUGGACAAAAACAAGUUAUUCCAAGAGAAACCCUCUGCACAGCACUGAUUGGUCAGCAAAAGCUUCCCCCACCCUGGCUUCAACAUGAGCCUCCUGGCUUUCGAAAAGAUACCUCCUGGGGCAGACUUAAGCAAUGACCUGAUGCUGCUCCACCUCAGCAAGCCUGCUGACAUCACAGAUGUUUUGAAGGCCAUCGACCUGCCCACAAAGGAGCCCAAGCUGGGUAGCACAUGCCUAGCCUCAGCCUGGGGCAGCAUUACACCCAAGAAAUGGCAAAAGCCAAAUGACCUUCAGUGUGUGUUCAUCAAGCUCCUGCCUAUUGAGAACUGUGUCAAAGCCCACAUACAGAAAGUCACAGAUGUCAUGCUGUGUGCAGGAGAGAUGGGUGGAGGCAAAGACACUUGUGUGGGUGACUCCGGAGGCCCACUGAUUUGUGAUGGUGUUCUCCAAGGAACAACAUCAAAUGGUCCUGAACCAUGCGGUAAACCUGGUGUGCCAGCCAUCUACACCAACCUUAUUAAGUUCAACUCCUGGAUAAAAGAUGCUAUGAUAAAAAAUUCCCGAGUGUCACAUUGUCCCAUGUUUUCA